AUGGCAUCAUCCAAUUCACACUCUCCCUCUACUCUUACCCACAUCAUCAUCGCUAUUCUCGCCAUUUUUUUCAUCUUCUCUAAUUCCGCUUACUCGGUCCCAAUCCCAUUCAUCGACUCAACCACUAACAGCACCGACAACAACACGACCAAUUCUACUUCUACUACUACACCCUCUCCCGUAACUCCUAUAACUUCCCCAGAUCUCAUUUCCAACUAUCGCACAAUGUCAUUUUAUGCUGCCGCAGCUUAUUGUAAAAAUCUAACCACUAAUUGGGACUGUGGUCUGAUUUGCUCUUCUACACCGGGGACGCAGUUGAUAUCCGUGAUUGACGGGAAAGCUGCUGAAUCUCGCGCCUUUGUUGCAUUGAACCCAGAUGAUAAAAAGAUAAUUGUUGCUUUUCGUGGUACUUUGCCACAGGAUUUUAGAACUAUUGCUGUAGACGCUCAGUUCUUAUUUGGUGAUUAUAAGCCUGUUCCUGAUGCAAAAGUGCAUGCUGGGUUUAUAAAUGCAUUCGAAGAGAUAAGGGAUAGACUCGUAAAUGAGGUUAAGAAGCAGUUGGAACUUAAUCCCGGAUACAGUAUUGAUGUUUCCGGACAUAGUCUGGGUGGAGCUUUGGCUGUAUUGACUGGGCUUGAUUUUGUUCAGAAUAGCGAUACUUUGAAGUUCGACAAACUUUCUGUUUACACGCUUGGUCAGCCGCGACUUGGCAAUGACAUAUUUGCUGAUUACGUUGACAAGACAUUGGCUGUAAACCGCUUUGUACAUACGGUCGACUCAUAUACGCGCCUUCCGCCGCAAUUUAUCGGCUACCGUCAUCACAAUGGAGAGAUUUGGAUCCAAGACGAUGCGACUGCAGAAUCAGGCGGGACAAAACAGUGUGGUGGUGAUGAAAAUCCAAACUGUGUUAAUUCUGUGAAAGUAUCUGACCUCAAUUUUGGAGCUCACCAUGGGCCAUAUUUUGGUGUUGAUAUGCAUACGUGUAAUGGCUAA